AUGGCGGCGUCCUCCCUGGAGCAGAAGUUGUCCCGCCUGGAAGCAAAACUGAAGCAGGAGAACCGCGAGGCCCGUCGGAGGAUCGACCUCAACCUGGAUAUCAGCCCCCAGCGGCCCAGGCCCAUUAUUGUGAUCACUCUAAGCCCUGCUCCUGCCCCGUCCCAACGAGCAGCCCUCCAGCUCCCACUGGCCAACGAUGGCGGUAGCCGUUCACCAUCUUCUGAGAGUUCCCCGCAGCAACCCACGCCCCCUGCCCGGCCCCGUCACAUGCUGGGGCUCCCAUCCACCUUGUUCAUACCCCGGAGCAUGGAGAGUAUCGAGAUUGACCAGAAGCUGCAGGAAAUCAUGAAGCAGACAGGCUACCUGACUAUUGGGGGCCAGCGCUACCAGGCAGAAAUCAAUGACCUGGAGAAUCUGGGGGAGAUGGGCAGUGGCACUUGCGGCCAGGUAUGGAAGAUGCGCUUCCGGAAGACAGGCCACGUUAUCGCUGUCAAGCAAAUGCGACGCUCGGGGAACAAGGAAGAGAAUAAGCGGAUCCUCAUGGACCUGGAUGUGGUACUCAAGAGUCAUGACUGCCCCUACAUCGUGCAGUGCUUCGGGACCUUCAUCACCAAUACGGAUGUCUUCAUUGCCAUGGAGCUCAUGGGCACCUGUGCUGAGAAGCUGAAGAAGCGGAUGCAGGGUCCCAUCCCUGAGCGGAUCCUGGGCAAGAUGACGGUAGCGAUUGUGAAGGCACUCUACUACCUGAAGGAGAAGCAUGGUGUGAUCCACCGGGACGUCAAACCCUCCAACAUCCUGCUGGACGAGCGGGGCCAGAUCAAGCUCUGCGACUUCGGCAUCAGUGGCCGCCUUGUCGACUCCAAGGCCAAAACACGGAGCGCUGGCUGCGCUGCCUACAUGGCACCUGAGCGCAUUGACCCCCCGGACCCCACAAAGCCAGACUAUGACAUCCGGGCUGACGUGUGGAGCCUGGGUAUCUCUCUGGUGGAACUGGCAACAGGACAGUUUCCCUACAAGAACUGUAAGACGGACUUCGAGGUCCUCACCAAGGUCCUGCAGGAAGAGCCCCCGCUCCUGCCCAGUCACAUGGACUUCUCGGGGGACUUUCAGUCAUUCGUCAAAGACUGCCUUACUAAAGAUCACAGGAAGAGACCAAAGUAUAAUAAGCUACUUGAACACAGCUUCAUUAAGCAUUACGAGACGCUGGAGGUGGACGUGGCGUCCUGGUUCAAGGAUGUCAUGGCGAAGACCGAGUCACCGAGGACUAGUGGAGUCCCAAGCCAACACCACCUGCCCUUCUUCAGGUAGCUGCGUGGCGGUGGCCAGCCCCACUCGGGGGGGGGGCCAGAGAAGUGGCCACAGGUCCCCUCUUCCCUACUCAGCCACCCAGCUGCCCACCACGGGAGACCUGGGAACUGGAUGUCCGCCGAGGGCUGAGGACAGAAAGUAGGGGAUGCCAACCCAACCCCGACUCCCUACCCAGCAGCCAUGGACAGAUGGGCCCACCAGGCCCUAGCCCUUCCAGUCCUGGGGUCAGCCGGCUGUACAAGUCCCCCCAACAGACACUGUGAACAGAAGACAGCAGCAGGCCAUGAGCAGACUUGCUAUUUAUUCAGUUGUAACCCCUGGGCUGGGGUGGCCACCAGGGGCCAGGAGAGAGUCACCCUUCUUGUAUCCUCCCCAUGCUGUCCCUUCCACCUUUGUAGUACACAUGCUCCCUGUCUCUACCUGCCUCUGUCACCUCCCUUGAUGCCUCUCUGGUUUUCCCUGUCUCCCUUCCUGUAUCUGCCUCUCUCCUGGCCCAAGCCCAGGCUCUGUUACCCACAGCAGGACUCCUCGGUCCACUUAGGUCUGUGGUGAGCAGUGAGUCCUUUGGCUGGCAUCCUCGUCCCAGGAAGGCAGGCUGGGCAUUAUGACUGCAGCUGACCAGGCUGUGGGGGCUCUGGCGCUUGUGUGCGCGGCUCUCGCUCUCUCUCUCUCUCUCUCUCUCUCUCUCUCUCUCUCUUUGAUCUCAGGGGGUCCUUUUUGGAACUUACUGUAUUUUAUUGUACUCGGUGGGGUGUUUGGGGGAUGGGGGAGGAAGAAGAGCUUGUUCUCAUGGGAUUGGUCAGUACCUUCAGAAACUUUUACCAAAGUCAUGUUUAGCUGCUGUGGUAUAGCCCUCAACCUCCUGUGGGCAUUGGGGGGUUGGAGCCAGGUAGGGGCCUGGGCCACUGUGCCUUGUCAGCCUGUUCUGGAGAGACUAUUCCCAAAGGUGGGGGCUGGGGGUGGGGCUCCUCCCUUGGGGCUGGAGACUGGCCACAACUUGGGGUGAAUUGAGGACCCCAGGCUGUGUGGAGGAGCCCACAGGGCUGUGGCCACACAGGGUGGCCUUCAGGGAAGGUGGGUAUGGGGCAUGGUGGGAGGCAGUAAAUGCUGCUAUGGCAGGAGAAGGGAGUGAAUGACAGUAGUGGGGGUCAUAAGGCCCAAGGAGGCAGGGAUUGAGUGUAUAGGGAAUGGAUGUGGGGGUUUGAGGAUGUGUGAUAGGGACAGAAGUGGAGCGGGCCUAAGGCUGGGCUGGGGGUGUGAAGGCAGUCAUGCCCUCACAGUGCCCCUGAGCAUCCCUCAACUUCCCCAGAGCUGGCCAGUCCCCAGCCCACCUUGAGGAUAGGCCAUGGGGCCCCUCGCCCCCCCACACCCCUCAGCAGCAGUCAGAGCAGGAAGGGGGGUGUUUCCUUUUUUGUUGGUGAUGCAUGCAAAUCAGUAGACAAACAUACACACACCAACCAACCAACGCCAAAGGUGAUGAACUCCCUGGAUGUAGCUGGAGCAAUGUAGACUCAGCAUAGGCAUCACUGUAACCUCUCUCUAUCCUAUUGACUCUUGUUACUCUUAACAUAGUCACAAAAGGCCGCAUGUUUAAAAAGUACUCUUUGUCUUCUCUCUGCUCCCCCCAGGGGGUUGGGGUGACCACCUUUCUUGCCCAAAUCCCCCUUGUGACUGGAUGGGGCAAGGUAGAGGUAGGUGGGCAAUAGGCCUGGCUCCACCCUCGGAGGGGUCCCAGGCACGGGGGCUUUUGCCCAUAACCAGAAGGUCAAGUGGCUCGUUCCAGGGCCAGCAAAGGUCAGAAGCCGGCUGCCCGGUUUAUUUUAUUUAACUUAAUUUUGUUUAUGAGUGUGUGUCUGCCUGUCCCUCCCCUUCAGUGUUAAGUGGGAGCCCUGAGGGAGCCUCUCCUCCCCCCACCCGCCUCUCCCUGUUUCCUCCCUCUAUCUCCAGUCACCAGCCGUCCUUCUGGACCAGGCAGAGGGUUGAGCGGGCAGGCAGGAGCCUGGGGCGACUUGGCCCAGCCCACCAGCCCAUGACCCCUUCUCAGGCCACCAGUAUUGCCCCUUCCCUUUUUAAAAUGAAACACCCUUGUUUGUAAAUCCUUAGAUGCUUGAGAAUAAAACCCCUCCCUUUUCUUCCA